CCCGCAUCAAAUUCUCACUACCAGUCACAGAUGAGUGAGAAGCUGUGCGUAGCUAUUAAGCAGAACUAUUAGACCAAACGGUCUCCCACAGCGAACAAACCACGCCAUCAAUCAAUGGCUGAACCCAAAACCAAAUACGAUCGUCAGCUCAGAAUCUGGGGCGAGCAAGGCCAAACAGCGCUCGAGAAAGCCAGCGUUUGCUUACUCAAUUGCGGCCCUACUGGCUCCGAAACCCUCAAGAACCUCGUUCUCGGCGGCGUCGGAAGCAUCACCGUCAUUGAUGGAUCUAAAGUCGAAUCCGGCGACCUUGGAAACAACUUUAUGGUUGAUGAAUCGAGCGUCGGGCAAUCCAAGGCGAAAUGUGUGUGUCAAUUUCUUCAGGAGCUCAAUGAUGCUGUUAAGGCUAAGUUUAUAGAGGAGUAUCCAGAGGCUUUGAUUCAGACCAACCCCUCCUUCUUUUCUCAGUUUACCUUGGUUGUGGCCACUCAGCUGGUGGAAGAUUCAAUGGUGAAGCUCGACAGAAUAUGUAGGGAUGCAAAUGUGCUAUUGAUCUUUGCUCGCUCUUAUGGCCUCACUGGGCUUGUCCGUAUCAGUUUGAAGGAACAUACUGUGAUUGAGUCCAAGCCUGAACAUUUCCUGGAUGACCUUCGUUUGAAUAAUCCAUGGCCUGAGCUUAGAGGGUUUGCGGAGACCAUUGAUCUAGAUGUGUCAGAUCCUGUUGCCCACAAACACACGCCAUAUGUUGUCAUUCUUGUCAAGAUGGCACAGGAGUGGGCUAAAAGUCACGGUGGUAAACUUCCAACAACUAGGGAAGAGAAAAAAGAGUUCAAGGAGCUUAUCAAAGCUAGGAUGACUGCAAUUGAUGAAGAUAACUACAGAGAAGCUAUUGAGAACUCCUUUAAAGUCUUCACUCCUCGAGGAAUCAGUCCAGAGUUGCAACAGAUAAUAAGUGACAGCCGUUCUGAAAUUGAUUCCAGUUCAUCAGACUUUUGGGUGAUGGUGGCGGCAUUGAAGGAAUUCCUAGCAAAUGAAGGUGGUGGUGAGGCACCCCUCGAGGGAUCGAUACCAGAUAUGACAUCUUCAACUGAGCACUAUGUAGCCUUACAGAAAAUCUACCAAGCCAAGGCUGAGGCUGAUUUUCUAGUUAUUGACCAAAGGGUUAGGAGUCUUUUAAAGAAAAUUGGUAGAGAUCCUAGUAGCAUCUCAAAGGCAACUGUUAAAAGUUUCUGCAAGAAUGCAAGAAAACUCAAAGUUUGCCGGUACCGCCCCAUUGAAGAUGAGUUCAGUUCUCCAAUCCUACCAGACUUACAGAAGUAUCUAACAGAUGAGGAUUACAGUGUAGCUGGUGGGUUUUACAUUUUGCUUAGAGCUGUUGAUCGGUUUGCUGCUAACUAUAACAGUUUCCCCGGAAAAUUUGAAGGUGUGAUGGAUGAGGACAUAUCUAGGUUAAAGACAACAGCUGUUGGCCUUCUUAGUGAUCUGGGUUGCAAUGGCGUAACAUUGACAGAAGACCUUAUCAAUGAGAUGUGCCGAUUUGGUGCUGCAGAGCUCCAUGCAGUUGCUGCUUUCAUCGGAGGAAUUGCAUCUCAGGAAGUGAUUAAGCUUAUAACGAGACAAUUUGUACCCUUGUCUGGGACUUUCAUCUUCAAUGGGAUCGACCACAAGUCUCAAUUGUUGGCACUGUAGCAGGUUCUGAGGCCAAAGUUGGAUUACCUCGAUGAUUAGGAGCAGCCAUUUUGUCCUGACUGCGUUUUUACAUAUUUUGUGGCACAUUUUGAAUGGAGGCUAUAUCUUGCUAUUGGUGAAGGGUGCAUGAUUUGAUGUUCUGCUACACUUUUCACUAUCCUGAAUGAAAGAGGAGUAUAUAGAGGGAAACAUGUAACCAAAAAGAGAGAAGAAAGUAGCUCGUAGUAGACUUUUAAGUUCAUUUUAUAAGAUUGAACUUCUAGUCAUUUCCAUUUUCCAUCUUCCUCCUGUUUAUUGGUCUGAGAUGGUUUUGUAGUUAGGUAUUGACUUGAUAUUUUUCUCGCCAUUUUUGACGAGUCCGGUACAUUAGCUGGUAAGGUAGCACAAUAUUUGAUGAAA